UAAUAGCAAACAUCGUAUGAGUGCUUCUGAAUCUUUAACCUGAAGCAUGAAAUACGCAAUCAUAUUAUGCGUGAUUGCAGCAUCUUUUGCUGCCGUUCAAGGAGACCAGUGCAUAAAUGUUGGUACCCUUUCCAAUGGUGAAGUGGGUUGUACAGACGGUAACUCAGUGGGGACAAGUUGUUCCUUCACAUGUAAUACGUUAGGGGGUUACAGUCUUACUUCUGGAAAUGCGACCUCCAGCGUCUGUCUUGAAGACCGGAACUGGGACAUGGAAAAGCCAUGCUGCGCUCGAACUUGUCCUCCAAUUGCUCUCCUUGAUAUGGUAAUCCUCAUUGAUUCUUCGUCGUCCGUUGGAAGCGAAAAUUGGAACAUUAUGAAAAAUUUUGUUAGAACCAUUAUCAACUCCUUCCAGCGGUCAGCCACUUCCACACAAAUAUCUGUGCUGCGUUAUAACCGAGUGGUAGAUACAUCAACUCAGAUACUGUUGAACGAAUACUUGACAGAUCAAAGUGGUUUCUUAGCAGCAUACGACAGGAUUCCAUACAACGGAGGCGGAACACUUACUGGUAAUGCAUUACGCUACGUCAAUGACGUUAUCCUUACCGGGGCAAAUGGAGAUAGACCAGGUGUACGAGAUGUUCUGAUAACUUUGACUGACGGUCGGGCUCACGACAAUGUCUUGGCUCCUUCGCGCAUGCUGCGAGCAAAGGGUGUGGAGACCUAUGUCGUCGGAAUCCAAUCACGUUUGGGAGCAUUGAGAGAGUCCCAGCUUUUAGAAAUCUCGGGUUCGCGAGAUAGAAUGUUUAUUCUUACUGCUGGCUUCGCUUCACUUUCAAGAUCAUUUGCCAACAUGUUAAUGAUGCAAGCGUGUGGAAAUUUCACCACAGAAUACUACAGACAAGUGGACUGUCCAAUUACGUGCGAGCCAAGGGUUUUGCAGCCUGCCAACGGUGCAGUGAGCUGCACUGAUCGCAACUCGGCCGGAAGCGUCUGCGUCUACACUUGCGACAGCGGGUAUCAAGUACAAGGAGAGCCAAGAAUUUCUUGCAACGAGGUGUCAGGCUCGGGAGAGUGGAGCGCUGAGCCACCGACAUGCGAGGUGAGCACAUGUGAACCGCCGUUAUCUACGCCUCGUAAUGGUCAAAUGAAUUGUACUGACGGCAAUGCAGUUGGUUCAACUUGCACGUUUACUUGCGACGACGAAUAUCUGUUGACUGGUUCACCAAUCUCCCGAUGUGUUUCUCAACCAAAUGGCGACCCAGCAUUUACUCAUCCUGAACCCGUGUGCGAACGAAUACAAUGUAGUGACCCACCACCAGCACCUGUAAAUGGACAAAUGGAAUGCAGUCACGGAAACAACAUUGGAUCCCAAUGCACAUACACUUGCAGCUCAGAUUAUGCUGUAGUUGGUGAUUCAGUUACAACAUGCAGAGACAUGGGCAAUGGAGAAUAUCGGUUCGAUAACCCUGCUCCAGUUUGUCAAAUGAUUACAUGUCAACCACCCUACAUUUCAAUACAAAGUGGAGAAGUCAGUUGCACACGUUCUAAUGAAAUUACCAGCCGCUGUUCAUUUACCUGUAACCAAGGAUAUGAGUUAGUAGGAGAAGCAAUAUUAACUUGUGAGGAUGAUUCCGAUGGUGAUCCUAAUGGCCAAUGGAGUUCUGAUGCACCAUUCUGCAGAAUAAUCCAAUGUGAUGACCCACAACCACCACCUGCAAAUGGAGCAAUAAAUUGCACUGAUGGAACUAACAUUGGAUCUAAAUGCACAUACACUUGUAGCUCGGAUUAUGCUGUAGUGGGACCGCCAGUAACCACAUGCAGAAAUAUGGGUGAUGGCUAUCGGUUUGAUAACCCUGCUCCAGUUUGUGAAUUAAAGACCUGUCAACCAACUUACGAAACAUUGGAAAACGGAGAAGUUGAUUGCACAAACGCCAAUAUAAUUCACAGCCAGUGCACAUUCAGCUGUGGCCCAGAUUAUGACCUAAUUGGAGAAGCAGUUUUAACUUGUAAUGAUGAUUCUGAUGGUGAUCCUAAUGGACAAUGGAGUUCUGAUGGACCAUCUUGUAGAAGAAAACAGUGUGGUCCCCCACCACCAUCACCUGACAAUGGACAAAUGCAAUGCAGUGAUGGAAUUAACCUUGGUUCCCAAUGCACAUAUACGUGUAAUCCAGAUUAUGCUGUAGUUGGAGAUUCAGUCUCAACAUGCACAGACAUGGGCAAUGGAACCUAUCGGUUUGAUAACCCUGCUCCAGUUUGUCAAAUAAAGACCUGUCAGCCACCUUAUGAUAUUGUAACACCGAGCAACGGAAAUGUCACUUGCACGAAUUCCAAUGUGAUUCACAGCCAGUGCACAUUCACUUGUCGCAGAGGAUUUGAAUUAGUUGGAGAAGCAGUUUUAACUUGUAAUGAUGAUUCUGAUGGUGAUCCUUACGGACAAUGGAGUUCUGAUGCACCAACUUGCACGAGAGCACAAUGCAGUCCCCCGCAACCACCACCUGCAAAUGGAGCAAUAAAUUGUAGUCGUGGAAAUAACAUUGGAUCCCAAUGCACAUACACUUGUGGGCCAGAUUUUGCUGUAAUUGGACCUUCAGUAACCACAUGCAGAGACAUGGGCAAUGGAGAUUACCGGUUCGAUAACCCUGCUCCAGUUUGUCAAUUGAUUACUUGUCAACCUCCUUUUAAUACCUUGGCAAAUGGAGGUGUUAAUUGCACAGAAUCCAAUAUAGUUAACAGCGAGUGCACAUUUUAUUGUGAGUCAGGAUUUGAAUUAGUUGGAGCAGAAGUUUUAACUUGUAAUGAUGAUUCUAAUGGUGAUGCUAACGGCCAAUGGAGUGAUACAGAACCAUUCUGUAGAAGAUUGCAAUGUACGUUACCCCCUGAUCCAAUGAAUGGUUUCAAGGUCUGUAGUGGCGGCCAAUUCUUGGGAGCACGUUGUGAGUUUGGUUGCAAUCCAGGAUAUUCAUUGGUUGGAGCACAAUCUGCAGAUUGUUCAGAAACACAAGAUCGGUCACUUUCUUUUGAUAAUCCACCACCAACUUGUGAACUAAAGACUUGUCAACCACCUUACGAUUCAUUACAAAAUGGACAAGUCAGUUGCACAAAUAACAAUGCAAUCAACAGUCGCUGUUCAUUCACUUGCAGCCCAGAAUAUGAGUUAGUAGGAGAAGCAAUUUUGACUUGUGAGGAUGAUUCUGAUGAUGAUCUUAACGGACAAUGGAGUUCUGAUGCACCAUUUUGCAGAAGAAAACAGUGUGGUCCCCCACCACCAUCACCUGACAAUGGACAAAUGCAAUGCAGUGAUGGAAUUAACCUUGGUUCCCAAUGCACGUAUACAUGUAAUCCAGAUUAUGCUGUAGUUGGAGAUUCAGUCUCAACAUGCACAGACAUGGGCAAUGGAAACUAUCGGUUUGAUAACCCUGCUCCAGUUUGUCAAAUAAAGACCUGUCAGCCACCUUAUGAUAUUGUAACACCGAGCAACGAAAAUGUCACUUGCACGAAUUCCAAUGUGAUUCACAGCCAGUGCACAUUCACUUGUCACAGAGGAUUUGAAUUAGUUGGAGAAGCAGUUUUAACUUGUAAUGAUGAUUCUGAUAGUGAUCCUUACGGACAAUGGAGUUCUGAUGCACCAACUUGCACAAGAAGACAAUGCAGUCCUCCACCACCACCACCUGCAAAUGGAGCAAUAAAUUGCAGUCGUGGAAAUAACAUUGGAUCCCAAUGCACAUACACUUGUGGGCCAGAUUUUGCUGUAAUUGGACCUUCAGUUACAACUUGCAGAGACAUGGGGGAUGGAAAUUACCAGUUCGAUAACCCUGCUCCAGUUUGUCAAUUGAUUACUUGUCAACCUCCUUUUAAUACUUUGGCAAAUGGAGGUGUUAAUUGCACAGAAUCCAAUAUAGUUAACAGCGAGUGCACAUUUUAUUGUGAGUCAGGAUUUGAAUUAGUUGGAGCAGAAGUUUUAACUUGUAAUGAUGAUUCUAAUGGUGAUGCUAACGGCCAAUGGAGUGAUACAGAACCAUUCUGUAGAAAUACAGAAAUAAUUUUCCAAGAUGAACCAUGUUUUGCUUUGGGCGGUGUUCCAAAUGGAGAGUUUACUUGCUCUGAUGGCAGCAAUGCGAAUUCAGUUUGCACAUUGGAGUGUGAUAGACCAGAUGGAUAUUUUGUCUACCCACCCGGAAAUAGACAACUGACUUGUCUACCAAAUGGAACUUGGGAUAUACCAACACCUUGCUGUGGACGACAAUGUCUCAUGCACUCUGUGUUUGAUAUCAUCUUUAUAAUGGAUUCUUCAACUUCUAUUGGAUUACAAAACUGGGUUUUAAUGAAGUCAUUCGUGACAGAUAUGAUAAGCGCCUUUGAUGUUUCUGCUGAUGGCACAAGGGUUGCAGUGUUCAGAUACAACAGGGGAGUGGAUAGACGCUCACAAAUUCUAUUUAACCGAUUUAUAAAUGAUAAGAGUGGUUUGAUAACAGCGGUUGAAAAUAUUCCCUACAAUGGAUCGGGCACUUGGAUAGGCAGAGCACUUCAAUAUGCCCAGGAUCAUGUUUUAAGAUACAGAAAUGGCAACCGCUUAGUUCGUGAUGUUAUUAUUACCAUAACCGAUGGGAGAUCCUAUGACAGCGUGAUGCCUGUGUCUGAUCAAUUAAGAAGCCAAGGAGCCUUGACCUAUGCCCUUGGUAUAACACCAGGAAAUGGACUUGGGCCAAGCUACAGCCUUCUUCUUGAGAUAGCUGGGUCAAUGGACAGGGUUGUGUUCAGUACCCCUGCAUUACUUGGUAUUUCUGAUAUAUUUAAGCAGAAGUUGACAAACGACCUAUGUGGACAUCCAUGUGCUUCCCAAUGCCCCCGACUUCUUCCACCUACUAAUGGAUUAAUAUCCUGUACAAAUAGUAAUGUGGAAGAUAGUGUAUGCUCAUUCACUUGCAGACCUGGUUUUGUAUUGUCUGGUGAACCACAAACAAGGUGUGUUGAUGGUCCCAACUCAAGUAACGAUGGAGUGUGGACUUCUCCUGCACCAAUGUGUUUAGCACAAUGUCGAAAUUAUGGAGUAAUCGACUUAGUUGUUGUGUUGGAUUCGUCUAGAUCAAUAGGACUUAAAAGUUGGACAGACAUGAAGGCCUUUGUUCGUAGUUUGAUCGGGUCAUUUGUGAUCGGUCCAAAUGCAAUGAGAGUGUCUGCUUUCCGGUAUAACAGACGUGUGGACACCGACACACAGAUCUUACUUAAUUCCUACUCUGAUAAUUCCUUCUUCGCUGCUUAUGAUGCUAUUCCAUAUAAUGGAGCAGGAACCCGCACUGCCCUUGCUCUUCAACACGUACGUGAUGUCAUACUGACUCGCGCAAACGGAGAAUGGCCUGCCGCAAGAAACGUUGUUUUGACAGUGACUGAUGGUCGUUCAGUGUCGAGUAUUGUUCCUAUUUCUGAACAACUUAGAGCAAAUGGUGUUUUAACGUAUGCCCUUGGUGUACCACCUAUAAUCGGAAACGGAAUGAACACAGUGAAUCUACUCGCUUUGGCGGGUAGCCCAUCUCGAAGAUUCUUGGCAAAUAACGGAAACUACGGAGGGCUGUAUGAGCAGUUCGUCAACUCCUUGGUUCAAGAAACCUGUUCCCCUCCACUGCUCCCGAUUGAAUAAUUCUUGAAUUAUUUAACCAUAUAUUCAACCAAUAUAUCUUCAUUUCAAUAUCAUGUUUCAUCUGAUUAAGUUCUCUUACAUGAGAGACAUUUUCAAACUGUUUAUUUCUUCAGGUUCAGUUAUAAGAUUAAUGUUAACAGCCCGCCUGUUUCUUACAGUUUCCCAUUUCCGCAUACUAGCAACUUAAACCUAAAAUUCAAUAUUUUUUUAAUAACAAUUUAUUUUAACUGAACGAAUCACAAGGUAAAUAUCGGCGAAGCGAAAUAUGUACAUGACUAUUCACACGAUUUAAAAGCAUGUUACUGAACUGUGUCAUAAUGUCAUCACCCACAAAGGUCUUCAUCAAGUUUCCCAAUAAACUUGUCAAACACACCA